AAACUUAAUUUAAAAUUUAAUAUUUAAAAUAAAAUUAAAUAAAAAAUUUUAAAAAAAUAAAAAGAAAUUGAACCCAAUCUCCAGCCCCAAUCCCCGACAACCUCCCCUUCCACCCACAUGGACCCCAUCCCCUGCCGCUUGCCGCCGCACUACCGAAAAAAACCCGCCCUCCCCAGCUCCACUCCGAAACCGGCCAAAACACCAAACCCUAUCCCUUAAAACCUCUCCCAACUCCCAAAAUCGCCCAUGACUCAAACAUCCAUGGGUGGUUUUGGGGGGUGGAGGUGAUAUUAAGGGCAAAAGUUAGGGGUUUUGGCCGGUUUCGGUGGUGGGGCUAGGGAAGGAGGGUCGUUUCCGGUUGGGUUGUGGCUUGGGGUUUGUGGCUGAGCGACAUUGGGUUUGGCAGGGGUUGCGGUUAUGCGGUAGGCCGACAGUGGGUUAGGACUGAGGAGGUGACUGUUGGGGACGGUUUGGUGGUGGAUGAGGGAGGGGUGGUUUCCAGUGGCGCUAAGGGAGGAGGGGAUGUGUUUGGGGAAGGGGGGAUAGUUUCUCGGUAGUCGAAGUUGGAAAGGGGUGGAUGUGGUUUUUUUUUUAUUUUUAUUUUUUUGGACCAAUCAAAGUGUGACACGUGGCAUCUUAAUUACUUUUUAAAAAAAUCGUUUUAGAAGAAAAUAGAGGUGAAUAUUGGGAUUAUUAUAAAAUAAACAAUAAUUAAGAUUUUUCAAAGUAAAUUAGGCAAAAUUGAGAAACGGACCGGAGUAUCAAAUUUAGUCAACCCACGUAUAUAAAAGGAGGGCAAAGUACGAGAGCGAAGGGGCCAAUUUCAAAGCUGUGGGCGUUUAAAACACUUUUUGUUUUUGACAUAAAAACAUUUACCAAAUUUAGGACUCCGAUUAACCCGUUGGAGUCUGAUUUUCUCUCUCUCACUUAUUCAUACACAAUUUCAGUAACCAAUUUUUCACCAAUUUUGACGACUCAAAAUGGCGACUGCAAUCAAAGUCGUCUUCGGUCUACUCACAUUUGUCACUCUUGGCAUGAUCAUCGGUGCUUUAUUUCAGUUAGCAUUCAUAUCUCGGCUUGAAGAUUCAUCUGGCACGGGUCUUCCAUCAUCUAGAAAGAUGCAGCAAACACAGGCUAAAGGCUAUCUUCCUUUGUCUACAGGCAUUGUUGGUUGGGGUAAUGACAAAGAAGCUGCUCUUUUACGCCUUGGACUUGUGAAGCCUGAGGUGAUUAGUUGGUCACCCCGAAUCAUUGUCCUGCAUAAUUUUUUGAGCAUGGAGGAAUGUGAUUAUUUGAGAGCUAUAGCUUUGCCUCGCCUACAAGUUUCUACUGUGGUUGACACAAAAACUGGAAAGGGAGUUCGAAGUGAAGUUCGGACAAGUUCUGGAAUGUUUUUACAUCCAGAUGAGAGGAAGUAUCCAUUGAUAGAGGCGAUAGAAAAAAGAAUUUCUGUUUACUCUCAUGUACCAGCAGAAAAUGGGGAGCUCAUUCAAGUUUUAAGGUACGAGAAAGAUCAGUUUUACAAACCCCACAAUGACUACUUUUCUGAUUCCUUUAAUGUAAAGCGAGGUGGUCAAAGAGUUGCAACAAUGCUUAUGUACUUAAGUGACAAUGUUGAAGGGGGUGAAACAUAUUUUCCUAUGGCUGGUUCAGGUGAAUGUAGCUGUGGUGGGAAGAUGGUUUCAGGAAUGUCCGUAAAACCACUCAAAGGAGAUGCUGUUCUUUUUUGGAGUAUGGGUCUUGAUGGACAGCCUGAUCCACGUAGUGUACACGGUGGAUGUGAAGUGCUUUCUGGUGAAAAAUGGUCGGCUACCAAAUGGAUGAGGCAGAGAGCCAUCGCGUAGCACCCAACAUAGGGCUGAUACGAAGAUCCUUUUCUUUCAUUCUUGAAAGCAAGACUCUCAAAUGUUUUCCCUCAUUUUUUAGUCUAAUACAUAGAGGAUAACUGCCAGGUGACAUCUGCUGGAUUUAGAUAUAAGAGAGGUAAAGUAGGUUAGUUAGAAGACAUGUACAGCGAACCACAGAGUUUUGAUUCUCAACUGAGCUCUUAGAGAUCUCCAUAUAUACAUAUCAUGUAAUUAUAGGAAACACCAUUUAUCUGCCUACCCUUUUGUUGGGCGCUAUACUCUGCUUAGAUUGUUCUCGCGAACAUCCUGGCUUCUGUCCAGGUUGAUUUUGGCUUAAUGUCAUCUGGUUGCAUCAACUUGUUGAUUUCCA